AUGGCCUACCCCAUCCUCCUCUUCACAUUCCUAACCCUCCUCCUCCCACCCCUCCUCUUCCUAAUCUGGUACCUCCACAUCCCCCGAACCCUCCCCAACCUCCCUCGAAUCCCAAUCUAUGUCUCAAUCCUCGGCCUCUGGUCCUCAAUGGGCCAAGAUGAAAUAUACGAACGCUGGUUCAGAACACCAUUAGAGAAACACGGUGCCGUGGUAGUCUGGUUCGCGGGUCGAUGGAGUGUUCUCGUUUCACGACCAGAUUGGUUAACCGAUAUGUUCCGCAAUGAAGAUAUCUACGCAAAAGCCGGGAGUCAGAUUAAGAUUCCGCAUGCUGUUAUUGCGACCUUGGUCGGUGAUAAUAUCAUCAAUGCGCAUGGCGAGAACUGGAGACUUUAUACGGGGAUUAUGAAAGCGGGAUUACAGAAGAAGGUUUUCGAGACGACUUCUUUGUUGAAGCAAUCAAGGAAGUUGGUUGAUGUUUUGAUCGAUCUGCAGAAGAGGACUGGGGAGAAUAGGGGGAUACUUGUUAAUGACGAUGUACAGAAAUGGGCUGUAGAUGUGAUGGGUGAGAACUUCUUAGAUCUGGAUUUGAAGAGUCUGGGAAACCAAAACGGCACUGUCAGAAUCGAAGCCCUGCAAUCAAUCAUCAAAGCAACCCUCUUCAAACCCAUGUACUUCAGUUUCCCUGAUCUCGACCAUUUCCCAUGGUUACUCCCAUCACGCAAACGGGCAUACAAUAUAAUGCACGAAUUCGACAACCGGCUCUACGACAAGAUAAUGAACAUGCUAGAGAACCGCUCAAACAAACCCGAAGAAAUGGUCUCCCACAUGCUGGGUGAAGCCUACAAAUCCGGCCGAAUAAACGAGAAACAAUUCCGGGAUAAUCUAAAGAUAACCUUUCUGACAGCCCAUGAAAACGCCCAACAACUUGUGACCUCUAUGUUCUGGCAACUGGGUACUCGCAUCGAUAUCCAGGAUCGACUACGGGAGGAGAUUAUGGCUACAGCAAAGACACACCCGAAUCCAUCGCAGGAAAUCAUCAAUAGUCUCCCGUACUUGACAGCUGUGGUUUUGGAGUUACUUCGUCUUUUCCCGCCUGUUUGUCAGCUCAUUAAUCGUGUUGCUUUGCAGCCGGCUAUGCUUGGCGGGGAACUUCCUAUUGCGAAGGGGACGUUUGUGGGAUGGAAUGCGUGGGCUGUGCAUAGUAAUCCGGCUGUAUGGGGUAAGGAUGCGCGGGAGUUCAAGGCUGAGAGAUGGGGGGAUACUGUUGAGGAGAUUCAGGGGAGAUUUAGGAGGGAGACGGUUAGGGGAACUUAUAUUCCGUUUAAUGCGCAUAAACGGAAGUGUCUUGGGCAGGGGUUUGCGUUGUUGCAGGUGAAGAUUUUGUUGUUUGUUUUACUUCGAAGGGUUAGUUGGGUUGUUGAUCCUGAGUAUCAGUUGAAGAUGACACCGGGUGGGAUUCUGGCUCCGCUGGGUUGUCGAGUUAUUUUGACUGAGCUGAAGUCGUGA